AUGGUUCAAGAUGCAGACUUUGGUUUUAGCCUGCCAGAUGCUGCCGCCGCAGCUGCCUCCAAGUCUGACAUCGAUCCUGCCGCUGCGGUGGUGGAAAAAGCGGUCGCUGCAAAGACGGCUCAAGAGUUCGCCAAGGCAACUUUCCCACCGGAUCUCUUUGAUGGAUUCAGCAAUGAGGAGACCAUUGAGCGGACAAUUUCGAGCAUGCUGGAUUCCAUGAUGAACGACAGGCGCAAUCACAGGGAGCUGGCUAUGCGCUACGACUUCUCCAUUUGCGGCAUGGCACCGCUCCCACACGUCGAGGCUGCCAAAGCCCUGUGCCUGAAGCACGGGCUGCAUCCAGAGACCUUCCUGCUGCUUAUCCACAGCAAUCUGACGUGGCUGGAGCACCACGCGAGCCGCUUGGGCUCCGACCCACCGCCAGCAGGGUUGGAUGUGCAGUCGGAUAUCCUUGAGCCAGACCCUCAAGAGGAUAUCCCGGAAGUGCCACAGGAAAGACCUCACAAAAAGAAAGCAAAGAAGGCUCAAGGCAACCCGCAGGAGGAGCCGGCGCAAGAUGGCAGUGGUGGUGACGCAGGCCGCUUUGAAGACGCUUGUCUUCCUUUCAUCAAGGCCCUCUCCCUCCGCACACUCGCAGAGUACCUUGCCGCUGCUGCCUCGCAUUUCGGCCGGCGUCUCACUGCCGGCGAACAGGGCAUCUUGCGGACAGUGGCUUUGGAGCACAUGGCAGAGCUCGAGUUGAAGGUGCCAGUUGUUGACGUGCCUCCGCAACCCAAACUCGAGAUCAAAUUGAAAGCCUCGUGCCACACCAUUGGCACUGACAAGCCGGUCAUGGCUGCCGGAUCCGCUUCUGCCCGCAAAUCCUUUAUGAGUGACCUCACCAAUGAUUUGGUGCUUCACUCCGCUUGGGCCCCCGACUACAUCAAGAAGCGGUCAGUUUAUUUGGUCGAGGCAACAUUCAGAGGAGAAAGGGAUGAUGUCUUGACAGGCGUGGGCACCAUCCACUUGAGGCAAUACCGUUUCCAGCUCAAAAUGCUGGGUCAGUAUGAGGCUGUGGAGUGGUGCAUGAAAAUGACACCUCAAGCAUUCUUCAAGCGCAUCUCUUUUUCCAUCAUGCCUGAUAGCAGCCCACAAGACGAAGAUGUCAAUAGCACUCUUUCCUUUGGAUUGUGGCAGGCUACUCACGACUUUAUGUUCCAAGGCCUAUAUCACCGUCCAUCCUUCGUGCAUUGUGAUGGCGUUGCUCUUGGUCUGCUUCGGGCAAUCCUGCAUGCAAUCAAGCUCUGGGUGGAAGCUCGAAAGGCAGCCAAGCAACCAAUUUGCAAAUGGUUCUUGAUGAAGAUUCUUUUCGCCAAGAAUGACAUCCUCCGGUCUUCCUUGCCAACCAUGCGCAUGGUCCAGACCCUCGAGAAGCUCAACAAGCACGACUUGGGCAAGCCUGAACGGGUGAGCAUUUCCCCGCACGAACUUAUGUGUGGAGUCCGCUGUUGGUUGAGAUCGCUGGAGUUGCAUGCCGGCUACUACCGUUUUGUGCAAGGAGCAAUGCAAGCUACGGCCGGCGCAGACUUUCAAGAUCGCCAUCGCAAUUUGCUGGCAGAGGAAUUCCAGAAGGCCGACCAUCCAACAGUGGACAGCUCAUCUGCGCCCAGCGCCUCCGACAUUCUGUUGCAGAAGGCCAUCUUGCAGCAUUGCCGCGGCAGCGAGGAAUUCGUUCCUGCAGCACAGAUCAGCAACAAAUUGCGCAGCAAGGGGCCCUUCAAGAGAAUUCAGGGUUUCGCAGCAAAGGUCAACGAGCAGGCCACGGAGCUAGCCAGCCUAGGGUUGCUUGAGAAGAUGGCCCGGCAAAGCAACAAGAAGGGCAACCACCGGGACCAGUUUAAGAAGACUCGACGCGCCAAGGAGGCGCCGCCCACGGACUCGCAACCUCCUCCUGUUCAGCCCAGACCUGCCCGGAUGACCAGGAAACGGAAGAGGGAAAUGGAGUCUUUGUCCCAUCAGGAAGCCCCGCCCAGAGACUGCAGGUUCUCGGAGAUGACAGACGCACAGGCCGCACUGGCUAAGAGGUUGCGAAUCGGGCAGACCAAGGACUUACGAGCUGCUUUGUCUGACAUGGGUUUGUUUCACUUAGACACAGACACAGUGUUCGACACGGACGGAGACAAGUGCAGGCCGCGAAGAGGUCUACAAGCAACUUGGUGUGGGGUGCAGGUGCACAUCCUGGACACUUUUAUGUGUCAUAGGGUCCUCCGGGCAGAUAUUGCUGAGUUGAGGCCGCAUAGAAGCCAGGUCAAUUGCCGUGUGCUCGGACCUGUCCACACUGUGCGGGCAGAUGACUUGCAGGGUGUUCGUCUCGAUUUCUUGCUGACCUUGAAGAAUGGGUCUGCUGUGUUGGAGGCGCUGCCUGCCCAAUUGGCUUCUGCAGACUUGCCUCUUCACGCAGAUGGUGAAACAGCAGCCGAAGAGCUUCAAGAGCCAAGGAUUCAGGAAUAUGUGGAGAUCCAGCCAUCAAGCGCAGAGGAGCAUGUGAAGUGGGCGGCCAAGUAUGGUUUCGCACACAAAGUCUUGCCCGAAAAAAGGAGGGAAGAAGUGCGGUUCCUUCUGGAUUUGCCACUCCCACGUCCAUUCGUUGCUCAGGCCUACAGAUGUUCAACCUGCCGCAAUGGACAACCUCUCAUGGACUACAUACCCAUCCAAGAGGUUCCAAAACUGCCACCAGCUGCUAAGCAGACUUAUUUUGCUCCCACAGCAGAAGAUAUCAAGGCAGUGUUUCCACAAGCUUUGGUGUGCAACUUGCCCAGGGAGGCCCCCGUGUACUUCUCCAAACAAUUCUUUUUCCAUAUUGCGCAGGAAUUGUACGAGGGUUUCAACACUAGGUCGCUGCGUAGACACAUUGUUUCAACCUACGCGGCGCAUGCCCUUGCUGAAGCCGUGCGGAUGAAACAAGAAGGCCAUGAACCAUACAAUUUGGCGUGGCAGCUUUGCUCUGUGCCCCAUGAUGGUGUACUCCGAGGGCUCUUGUUGAAAGGCUUGGCUCCGCAUAUGGAGCGCAUCUGUAGAGCAAUGCAGGAGAAGCAGUACCUGCACAAUUCCAAAGGCAUCCGGAUUGAUGGGAAUUUUGAUCUUGCAAAGAUCAUUCAAGUGCCUGACGGCCACGAACCUUUUACUGCAGUUCUGGGAGUCUGUGGCCUUGAUGGCAGUUUGCUACUUCCAUUCGUGCCUCUCUCUCGUGAGUCCCUAACAAAGAUCCAGGAAGUUUUGGCGCCAAUUUUUGAAGACAUGGUCAAGACAUUUCUCACACAUGGCUAUGCGUUGGAAGAUGCCGUUCCUGUUUUUCUCAGCACCGAUAACUAUCGGGCGCAUCGUUUGGGUCUCACACGCCUCUGCCAGGAUGCCUUUCAGGCUCUCAAACUGGAAAGUGAAGUCUGGACUGGAAUGGAUGCCACGGUCUUCCAAUUCCACAG